AGUGACGUCUUUAUGAAAGAUAGAGACAGUUUAGAAAACGAAAAAGGAUUUUCGUGGAGUUGACGAUCGCAAAUAUCUGUCCUCCCGAAAAUAAAGAAAUCAGUAAUAUUUCUGAAAAAAUAUGAGCGCAAUCCUUGGAUGAUUAUCUGGAAAUUACGAGUGAUUUAAUAUCUGAUUGUGGGAGGUCAGUGAGUGCAUCAUGAGUUAUUUAUCUUCAAAGUUCGGACUCUUAAAUGGAGCUGUCUCCAUCACUUUGAUACUUCUGGCUUUCAUCAUUGGACAAACAGCCUCAGAAGACGACUACUGUUCACAGAGUGAGAUAAUAGUUUCGUCGAUCAAAGACCGUGUGAUGACAGACUCAUCUAACCGAAUUGUCUUAAUCGACGACGCCGUCACUGAAUGCUAUGGAAGGAUUGGGCGUUGGAUCUACUACAGUACGACCAACCAGCCUUUUAAACCUGGCGUGUGGCGAUGGCAGUCCGGAAACUAUUGGAAACUCGUCGGCGAAAAUACGAUCCCGGGAACGACCGGCGGAUACACCAUCUACGAUGUCGACGCAGCAGAUAAGAUCCACUUUCAACCGGGAGACAAGAUCGGGUUCCGUUUUUCGAGUCCCGCGCUCAACUACGACAAGGGGUUCGAUGCCGUGUCCUACCGGUACGCCGGGAUCAGUGACUACGGCACCGCCCACAACCCUGGUCAUGUGUAUACCGUCAGUUCUACCGAUACCAAGGCCUAUUCUAUCAAAGCCGUGUUUGACGAUGAAGAUUUUACAUUUGAUUGUGCAUCUGAAACCCAUGGCCCUGCUAUAGGUGCAAGGUCAAGCAAUGAUGGCGGAAAUUACGUCAUGGUCAUGACCAGCCUACCAUUCGAGUGUUAUGGCCAGGUCAAAGGGUGGAAAUAUUAUGCAGCGGGUGCCAAUGGCGGGUUUAGACCUGGUAUUUACCGUCCUGUCGAGGGUUCUUCAACCCAGUUUACCCUCAUCAGUGAGACUAACAUACCAUCUGGUCAUCGAAUAAAUGAAGAGGUAACGCAUCUGAUUGAAGAUGAAUCCGAGUGGUUGACCUUUAACCCUGGUGAUAUGUUAGGAUGGAGAUGGAACAGCGCCGGAGCAAGGAUUCGAUGGACCAGUAGCGGGACGGAGAUAAUCAAUAUGAAAUAUUCAGGGCAUGAUGAUAAUGCUUACAACAGCUAUGUCGUUGGAGAUACCUUCACGGUCAGCAGUGACUUGAAUAGGGCGUAUUCACUUCAAGCUGUGCUUUCACCGUUUGGCUACAAGGGAUGUUACCCUGACAACGUAGCACAGCGUGAGAUGGGAGUAUCUGCCGGUCAUUUCUCUCUUACCGAGAUGACCAGGAUUAAAUGUAUCUCGUCCUGUGGUCAUUUAGCAUAUCCGUAUGCUGGUGUCCAACAAGGCAACCUGUGUUUCUGCAGUAAUUCCUACGGUGACUAUGGGUUUGGUAACUCCACCCUAUGCGAUAAUUCCUGUGCGGGUAACUCAUACUUCACCUGCGGUGGAUUUCUCUAUAAUCAGAUCUUCACCACUCCAAAGGUCGUCAAAGGAUACACCCUUGAUUCUCUUGAUCUUCAAGUAACUUACGAAUCUGUAGACCUAUUUGGUAAUAUAACCCGUGGAACUGGUGUGACGUAUAGUUUUGAUUAUGGUGAUGGAUUCUCUGACACUGGGCUUGACAGCGGAAUAUACUCACAUAGUUACAGUGAGCCCCGUUCAUAUCUCCUGACCGGAACAGCCACCGAUCUUUGGCUGAAUCAAGAGUCUCAAAAGAUCAUUGUUACCAUGGAAACGAAUCUUACAUCAGUGAUUGUAGACUGUCCCCCAGCUGUGGAAUAUAACACCGUGUUUGGAUGCAAGUUCUGGGUUUUCCAGGGAACCAAUAUGACAGCUCAGGUUGAUUUUGGAGAUGAUCGGGUCGUAACCUUUGAUAUCCAAGAUGCUGAAACGCUGUCUUACGGGGACAUGGUUGAACACAAUAUCGACCUGAAUAAUCAACCAACAAGCCGUGUCUUCCUAAAACCCAAUCAUUACUUCAAACGAGAUGGCUACCUGGUUGCUUGGGAAUUCGACGCCAUUUCUACUGGAACUAUUUAUUUACAGGUAUACCGCCCAAAAUGCGAUGACACGUAUGCAUUCUGCCUACGUACCUUCACCUGCAUCAAACAUUGGAUGAACUGCCAGGACCAUGAUAGUAUCUUUGCAAAGAGUUGUGGAGACACCGGGCGCUACAGUUUCGCGGCCCGUGACUGCAUCCAGAACUCUGACAAUAUGUUGGCUGGCGAGACAGUGUACACUAGUCUUCAACUCGACUAUGAUUUUGUUUCGGAAUAUACUUACAGCAUCACUGAAACUGGACGCAACUUCAUCAAAUUGGAUCCGGCAGACUAUGUUGAGGUCAAAGAGGGCGACAUCAUUGGUUGGUAUAAUUCCAAUCAAGGGAAACUUGCCUAUGUCGAUGCCGAUGCUGAGGUUGAUGGUUAUGAAAUCCUCCCCACAACUGCCAACUACGGUAGCCGUCUCUCCGGAAGCUACAUCGUCUACCAGUCUUCGGGUGCAUCUGCUCAUGCGUACAAGCACGCCCUGAAGGCUCACGUGGUGCGCCCAUCCAUGCUGCAUGUGUAUCAUAACUACUCGGAGGAGACCAACCGUAGAGAGGUCAGAUUGAGGGUCAAUAACACUCUCUCUGACUGGGUGAGCGAUAACCAGACCCUCAAGGUACAACAUGUCAUCAAGGAUGUGGUCAUUGUCGCAACCGAACUCGCUAUAACGACUGUGGAGGAGACGUUGAGUGUGGAACCUCACCCAGGUACUGAAGUCAGGUACUUGUGGCUACUAGGGAAUGGAGAUGAGAUCUUUACCAGGAAUACAACCAUCAAGUACACAUGGAAUGAUGAUGGAGUUUAUAACAUCACUGUCAUUGCUUACAAUGAUAUCAGUCGAGUCAUUGCUGAAAAAUUCAUUGUCCUUCAAGACACUGUAAAGCAGUUUGAAUGGAAGGACUCUGUUCCAGCGACCACCUGGGAUGACUACCCUGUCACACCAAAGAAGUUUGGUGCUGAAUCUGUCAUCAAUUUUGGAAUGUUCGAAGGCACCAAUGUGACUUUUGAAAUCAACAUCGGAGAUGGUAUAGUGCCUACAUUCUUCUUGAAGCAUGAUGAGGAACUCAACGUGUCUGCCUUGAUUCCUAACUAUGGACUGGAGGAUCGCAUGGAAGCCAUACAUGAAGGUUUAACUGCAAGUGUGGUGACCAUCUAUGAAUCAAUUGGCUACUAUCCUGUGACCAUCAACGCAUCUAACAGAGUCAGCUGGGCCACUAUCAAUACUACCGCUGUUGUACAGAUAGAAAUUACAAACUUCCGUCUAGUUGAACCGCCCCCGCUCAAGUUUGGGGAGUCAUCUCUUAUCGGUGUUCUGUUUGACACUGGAACCAACCUGUCGUUCUCUGGUGAUUUUGCAGACAAUGUCCUUGAUCUGACUAAUGCUUCACUGUACUACAUGAACGAUGCCAUAGGGGAAGGCUACAUUGUUAUCCCACCGGAUAAAUACAGCGAUCGUGGAUUCUACGACUUAUCCUUGACCACCUUGAACUUGGUCAGUGGACCCUUCACUGACGUUGUAACCGUCCAAGUGGAAUAUGCCAUCAAGGACUUGAUGAUGUGGGUCUCAGAAAUGUAUAUAAUGCCUCAUGAUUCGAUAUCAAUAGCCUUUGACAUGAAGGUAGGCUCUGACCUGACCAUGGUCAUGGACUUUGAUGAUGGUGAAUCAAAUACCUAUACCGAAAUUGAAAUGAGGCGUAGCUGGAGUGACCAGUACCUUGAGUGGCAUUCUUAUGAUGUUGCAGCAGAUUACAACGUCACGAUCCACUGUACAAGCGCUGUUAGUGACGAGCUGGUGUGGAUAUUGAUUAAAGUGCAGAACCCUGUAGAAAAUGUGGAGAUGACUUUCCAUUCCCCUGGUGUGAUUCCAUACCAGGAUAUUGGUACAAUCCUUUUUGAAUACGAGUACACCGGUGACCAGAGCACUCCUCCAACUGAUGCAAAUGUGGCGUAUGAGUUCACUCACAAGAUCAAGCCUGUAGAGGACUUUCCCAUUGCUGAAUACAACCCAGUUCAGCAGCAUAUGCCACUUGCCAAGAUGGGUCCUUAUUCUGUGUACAUCAACAUCUCCAACCUUGUGAGCUUCAUGAUUUUUGAGGCUGACAUAGAGAUGGAAAAACCGAUCCUGGACCUGGUGCUUGUUUGUCCAAAGCCUCAUAUCCGUGUAGGAGAGCAUGCAGAAAUUACAGCUUCCAUCAGCUGGGGUUCAAGAGUAACCUGGGAGUGGGACUUCAAGGAUGGGAGCAUUGUAGACAUUGACAUUGGAGGGAAGCGCACUCGUAAUCAUAAGUAUCGAGAGCCAGGAAUCUACCCAGUUUCGGUGAUAGCAACCAAUCUCUUGGGCAGUGAAACUUACUCUCUGAGUUCAGAUCCUGUCGUUGUCCAGUACCCAGUGAAGGGAUUUGAGUGGAUUGGACGGAGGCUGAACAGACUCUGGGUUGAAGAUAAAUACAGCUCAGUUCCCUUUCACCUGUACCAAGCUAAGGAUUUACCCUUUCCUACGACCGGCUACUACACAGUCGACUGGGGUGAUGGGUCAAUUCAGGAUGAGAAGUCGCUAACUCAGAAUGGAGCUGUCCGUAGCAGGAACACAGACUCUACCAACCAUAUCCUGACCGUGGAACAUGACUUUGACGAAUGGGGACAGUACAAUGUUACCAUUCGCAUGUGGAAUCUUGUGAGUGACAAGACCCAUGUCUUCACCAUUUAUAUUUAUGAGACUGUCACUCAGCUACAAAAGGAAGUCAGCUACAAUGAGUUGAUUAUUGAUGGUGACUACCUGUUUGGCAAUGACACAGAGAAUGACCAGGAAGGAUUUGGUACCCUGAUGAAUUACUUCCCAUUGGAGGAUGCAAUUAUUGUCAAAGCAACGCAUGCCUCAGGAACAGACCUGACCUACACCUGGGACUUCGGUGAUACCUUCCAUGUACCUGAUCCAACCACUGAAGCUCCAAGUACACAGACUCAGACCGUUACACCAUCUGGAACGACUACCCCAUUAAUGACCACAACAGAAGAACCUGUAAAUUGCACUUUCAUUCUUGAAGAUUGGGUACAAUUGGUGUUAGAUCGUUUGGAUGCCAGGGAUGAUGAUCUGCUGGCCUGUUCUGGUGGCUCCAUCAUCCUCACCCCUCCUCCUGUAACACCAGCAGUAACAUCAGCACCAACAUCACCACCACCUACUGUUAACUGUACCAAUGAUGGAAACAGUAGUGAGAGCUGUACAACAACAACACCUGCUCCUACCACAACAGCAGGUCCUACUCCUACACCCCAUUAUGCAUUAGAUGAGAACUGCACUGCCGCCAUCGUAAAGAGUCAAAAGUACAACUGCGAAGGUUUCAACGAAACAGCAAGAAAUGAUACUUGGUUCUUUGUGUCAAAUUACACUUAUUUCAUGAGUGAGAAUGCCACAAUCAUGUUGGAGAUGUUCAUUGACUUGGUUGGUGAAUCAAACUGUCUGAAUUCUGAAGUACUAACCUGGAUAGGUAGACAUUUUAUAAAGGAGAAUGUGUCUCUGGAUGUAAUGUUGUGUCCAGAUCCGUUACCAACAAAAGCGCCUACAGAACCUCCGUCUACUACCACACCUGCGACAACUGAGGUUCCAACAACAAGACCGCCCUAUGUCCUUCAAACCAGAGAACCUUAUGCAAUCUGGUGGUACGCCCAGCGUGGUGUGUACACCAUAACACUGAAUGUCUCUAACCCUGUUCACUGGGUGGAAGUCUCUAAGACUGUAGUCAUUCAGAGGAGUAUUGAAGAUCUUGUGUUGUCUGAUCACGGUCCACGGUCAAGAAAUACCACCAUUGAGUUUGAGCUAGACACAGGAAAUGUUGGCACGGAUGUGUGCUAUUUUGUGGACUUCAAAGAUGUCACAUCGGACUUUAAUCACCUUGCAUUCUGGGGCCAUCGGCAAACCUGUGAGGCACGCUAUCCACUAGAGUUCAAGGAUGAGUUCUUACGCUUUGAGGAAGUCAGCAAUGUGUACCUUGAAGGUCUUCUGUUCAGUGGACAGGAUCCCAAUAUCACACUCACCAAUGUGUUUCAGUCUGUCAACAAAUAUCGCAUCACGGUUGUUGCUCAUAACAUGGUUUCUACUCAAACUGUUUCUAUACCAACUGCUGUCACCAAGGCACCUUGCUACUAUCCAGAAGUAAAUGUGGCUGAACAGAACGGUUGCAACCAGUACUAUCCUUUCUGUGAUGAUGAUGGUAACAGGGAGUACUAUGCCUCAAAGGAUGUAACCGUCUAUGCUAAGGUGAAAAUCAACUGCACAUCGGUCAAAUACGCUUACUACACCUGGCGAGCAUUUGAAGUCAAUGAUGACGGAAGCGAGGAAGAGAUCUACGAUCUUGGGGACUCUGUCAUGUCGGGAUACACCCAGAGAGAAUUAGCCAUCAAGAAGUUUGUCCUUCCGUAUGGACUUUAUGCUUUCCAGCUCAACGUUUCUAUGUAUGGUGAACGUGGUGUGGAGACAAUUGAUAAGACCAGAAUCCGUGUGAAAGCUACACCUCUCAUAGCGAGAAUCACCGGAGGGUCGGAGAUCCGUGUCCGAUGGAACGACAAGGUUUAUAUGGAUGGCCUUUCAGGGACUGUAGACCCUGAUGUAGAUCCAAGUGAUAAGACUGGUAUUCGAUAUGUCUGGAUGUGUAGAAGAGAGCAUGAGGCUUUCCAGGAAUGGAAUGACGAUUACACCAAAUUGCUCAAUGAGGGUUACAAUGCCAAAGAUCCAUAUAUUGUAGAACCAAAUGACUAUGGAGGGUGCUUUGGUAGAUUUGGAUUCGACAGAGGAGGAAUCGGAAGUAUACUGAACUUCACUGAUGGCUCUUUCACUCUUGAUACGUUCUACAUGCAUGAAAACAUGACCUACUUCCUGAAGCUGAUCAUCUUCAAAGGAGAUCGUAUGGCAGUCGCGACGCAGGAGAUGCAGGUUGCUAGCGGCAACCCACCCAAGAUGGCUAUCACUUGCCGUACCAACUGUAAGACAAAGUUGAAUCCAACAAGUCGCUUUGCCCUGGAGUCUGCAGACUUAGAUGCUAGGAGAGGGCAAAUUCUGUAUUAUCGAUGGGAAAUCUUCAAACAAGAAUUCAAUCCUGUGUCGCUGGAAAAUGAAUUUGUCAUCGUCCCAAAGACAAGAUGGCUGCAAUUCGCUGGUACGGGAGAUUCAAACGCAAACAUUGCUAUCGACGCGGGUCCCUUUGAGGACCAGUCUACUUACAGAAUAAGAGUCUACGCUGCCAGAACUCCUUCACUGCAAAACUAUGGUCUCGCUUCUUAUGAUUUCAUCACCAACGAGCGUCCGGUCAUUGGAAACUGCUCUGCUGUCCCGCCGAACGGUACGGCCCUGGAGACAGAAUUCAACAUCGAAUGCCAGGAUUGGACCGACCCAGACAUGCCUCUCAACUAUCGCUAUGCUCAAAGGCUACAGGAAUCGGAAUCAUGGACCUGGUUAUAUAAUGGUGAGAGAGCUUUCAUGGAUACACCUACCGUGUUCCCACAAGGAUAUGAAGAGAAUAACUUUCAAGUCUUCUUACUGGUUCGGGUCACAGACUAUAUAGGAUCAUUUUCAGACUUACUCUUGACGGUAGAGGUUCGUCCUCCAAGUGUUAGCAAUGCAGAACAGAUGGAGAUGAUGCAGAAUAUGACAGGUGACGAUGGGGUCAUGUCAGAGGCCAUUGCUAACGGCGAUACCUCUACAGCAGCCAACAUCAUUGCUGCAUGCUCCGGUAUGCUCAACGUUGCUUCUUCUUCUUCUUCAUCAUCAACAUCCACUGAGGCCUAUACAGUUGCCAUGACAACCUUCGGUGCAGAUGUAACUGAGAUGACACCUGAGGAGCAGGAAGCAGCGAUGGCAGCUGCUCAGGCUGAGUUGGAUGCACAAGCGCGGCAUGAAGCUGAACAGAGACAAGCGAUGCGAGAUAGCAUGGUGGUAGCGAUGUCUUUAGCCAUUCCGAACACAGUAGGAGCGAUGAAGCAACUCUCAUCUGCUAUGGUCACUGCCACCUCAUCCACAGGAGAAGUCUCCACCUCUGCUGCUCAAGACACCCUGUCAACGACCACUCAGUUCAUGGGGCUCUUAUCAGAGAAAUCAGAUGAAGCUGGGGCCGAUGAGGUUGAAGAAAGCAGUAACGGCAUCCUCAAUAUGAUUGGUAAUGCUAUGAGUGGGGCCCAGAAUAAAGUUGCUGCAACUAAAGCUGCAGCAUCGGCUGUCACUGGCCAGCUUGACUACCUAUAUGCCACCGGAAUGCCUGAUCUUGAUGAUAUGGAAUCCGAUUAUUACUCCUCGGAUUCAUCUGAUCUGGAAGCACAAGCAGCCGCUGCAGCCGCGGAAGUCGAAGCAAUGAACCAACUGAGUCGUGAUAUGAGUUCUCAGAUGACCGGUGUUGUUGAUAACAUGAUGGGUACUAUCAAUGGGGGUAUGGUGACCGGUCAAGCCCCCGUGGCCAUAGCUUCUCCUGCAGUCAACAUCACAAUGGACAAGGCCUUCACUGCCAAUAUGGAUAAUAAACAAUAUGGAGCACAAUGUGGAUCUGGAUUUAAGCUUCCAAUGGCAGAGACUUUGUUUGGCAGUGGGAAUGGCUCCUCUUCAUCUGUAGAUGCUCAGUCUCUAAUGGAGAAGACCAACUCCAAGACCUGGUCCAACAACUCCAACACGGUCCAGGGCGAGACCGCAGCCCUAUCCUUCAACAAUGCUACUGGUGGGAAGCUGGAGAUCAAAGACCUUGCUGAACCUAUCGAGGUCUGGAUCCAACGAGCCGAGGACCAAAUUGAUGUGGACAGUCUAGUCACCAUCUACAAUGUCACCAAGCCUCAGAACGAGAGGAUGCUCUCUCAUGUCCUCAUGGCCCCCGGACAUGCUGCUCUUCACAUUGAAGCCAUCCCGUUAAACUGGAAUGGAACCAAGGCAGACAAUGUGACCCUUGAACUCUACAUCAGGAUGGGAAGACCCCCCUCUAUUGACAUAUAUGACUUCAAUUGCACCCUGCCGCACCCUAUUCCCUACCAGGGUAAUGGGACAGGUUGCGGAGAGCUGGAUUAUCCCGAUCCUGAUGUAUGCUUCCUCAGUAAUACUAUCUUAGACAGUUACUUUAAUGGAUCCACGGCCCACGUCUACGUGGGAGUCAAAUCAAUCGGAGGAGCCAAUGAGAGCUCUAUCGGGGAAUACCUGGGAGCGGAUGCUGAUAUCAACACAGCAUUCUGGCCUGUUCAUUACCGUAUCAGACCCUUCACAAGCAAGUGUCAGUUCUAUGAUGAGGAGAAUGAUGAUUGGGCCACAGAUGGUUGUGAGGUUGGUCCAAAUUCUCGUUUGCUGAACACCCAGUGUUUCUGCACCCAUUUGACCUCAUUCGGUGGUGGUUUUGAGGUCCCUAUGAACUCCAUUGACCUGUCUCAAUCAGCUUUCUCCAAACUCAAUGAGAAUCCUGUAGUCUUUGUCUUCAUGGUCUGCAUGUUUUCAGUCUAUCUUACCAUCGUCCUAUGGGCUUACAAGAAAGACCAGAGGGAUUUGGUCAAGGCUGGUGCAACCCCACUGAUUGAUAAUGACCCGAGAGAUCAUUACAGUUAUGAAAUCACUGUAUUCACUGGAAUGCGGUCUGGAGCAUCUACCACUGCCAAGGUCUCCCUGAUAAUAACGGGCGAGGCGGAGGAGUCGCGGCCCCGCCUCCUCAUCGACCCCAAACGACGUACCUUCCAGCGAGGCGGCAUCGACUCCUUCAUUAUGUCCGCACCCCGUCACCUUGGCAACCUGAUGCAUGUACGUAUCUGGCAUGACAACAGCGGCAAGUAUCCCUCCUGGGCACUGAGUAGACUGGUUAUCAAGGAUCUGGAGACUGACAAGAUGUAUUACUUUAUGUGUGAUCGCUGGCUAGCUGUGGAGGAAGAUGACGGACAGAUUGAGCGUGUGAUCCCUGUUGCUGGAAAGAGUGAACUGACUGGUUUUGGUUACCUGUUCUACAGCAAGACCCGUCGUAACCUGACCGACGGUCAUCUCUGGUUUUCGGUCUUUGCUCGUCCAGCCCGUAGCACCUUCACCCGCUGUCAGCGUGCUCUGUGCUGUCUGUCACUUCUGUUCUCAAGCAUGAUGGCUAAUAUUUUCUUCUAUGGCAUUGAUGUGACCAGUGGCUCAGGUGGUGGGUUUACCAUUGGUCCUAUCUCAGUCUCCAUCGCUGAGAUUACAGUGGGUGUGAUAAGCUCUCUGAUGGUGUUCCCUGCUAAUCUCAUCGUGGUGCAGAUGUUCCGCCUGUCAAAGCCCCCUCCAGAUCAGAUUAAUUGGUGUUGGAGGAGAAAGAAGAAGCCAGCCACUGAAGAUGCCCAGAAAACUCAAGAAGAGAUUGAGCAAGAUAAAAAAGAAAGGAUGGAUGAGAAAGCAGAGGAUGAGUUAGGAAGACAACUCGACUUCCUAAACACUGGAGAUGAUUCCAAGAGACUGCUUAAGUCAGCUAGAAGCCGCAACAUCAGAUUCCAGGAGGACAACAAAGAAAAGGAUGAAGAAGAGAAAGCUAAAGCAGAGGAAGAUGGUGAAAAGAAAUUUGAUGGAAAGAAAUCAGACGACGGUUUCCAUCUCGUUGCUGGCCUCAAGAAAACCGAUACGAAGAAGAAGAAGGAAAAGUUUGCAUUACCAUGGCAAUGUGCAUUUAUUGGCUGGAUUGUUGGAUAUGGAACAGUAGGCGUGGCCUUUUGGUUGACCGUUGAGGUGGCUGGAGGAUUUGGACCACAGAAGGCCACGGAAUGGCUCAAGUCUAUCUGCUUCUCUCUAUUUCAAGAUAUCCUCAUAUCACAGCCUAUAAAGGUGCUGUGCUUGGCCACGUUCUUUGCCCUGGUGAUCAAGAAACCUGACAAGGAGGACGAAUCCAAGUCUCCGGCUCUGAAGGAGGAUGAGGAGUUCAUCCAUGAGAGGUUGACAGAGGAUGAGCUGAAGGAUCCUGAGAAACUGGAGCAGCUGGAGCAGCAGAAACUACUGUGUCCUGUCAAACCUCCUGAUGAAGAUACAUUAGGAGAGAUGAGAGAAACAAGAUUCAAAGAGAUCCAGAUGAUGGAGAUCCUGAAGGAGAUAUCCGUGUACAUGUUCUACCUUUACAUCAUGUUCCUCAUCUCGUAUGGAAGUCGUGAUCAGAACAGCUUUGGUGUCCUGCAGUCCGUCACCAAUACCUUCUCAGGUGCCCAGUAUCACGGCAUCAGAACCCUAGAUAAUGUUGGUAGCAGAGCAAAUGCUUGGCAGUAUUUUGAGGAGACAUUGGUCCCAUCUCUUUAUCCUGGUAAUCACUACAAUGGCCAACCAGACCCAGCUCACACCCAGCAGAAGUUCAUCACAGACAGAGCUCAUGUACUCCUGGGUACAGCUCGUCUCAGACAAGUGCGCGUCUAUUCAGAUUCUUGCACAGUAGAGGAUAUCAUGCAGGUAGCCAUCAACAAAUGUACAGAUGAGUAUUCAGCCAUAGAUGAUGAUGAAGAUAGCUACCAUCCGGGUUGGCUACCAGUCAACUACAGUGACCCUAUGAACCUUCCCAACUGGGAUACUGAUCGUUAUUCAUAUCCAUGGAAGUAUCGAGGCUGGCUGGAGUUAGAUUCCUACCCUGCCAUGGCCGAGCAGUACAUCUACUAUGGCGGAGGGUUUACCGUUGAGCUUGGGAACAACUACGAGGACGAUAUGGCCAUGUUGGCGUAUCUCCAAGAUCUGAAAUGGAUUGACCAGCAAACCAGAGCUGUAUUCAUCGAGUUUACUGUCUACAACCCGACUACCAAUAUCCACAUCAUAAGCCUUUGUGUGAUUGAAUUCACGCCCACAGGUGGCGCACUGGCAACGAGCAAGUUCCAAACCAUGACUCUUGACCAUUACUACGGUCCAUUUGCUUACUUUGUCAUGGGAGGUGAAGUCAUCUUCGUGAUUCUUCAGCUUUAUUACACAAUUAGAGAAAUACGCAAGAUCAAGAAAGAGAAGAAAGCUUACUUCAAGAGUCCAUGGAAUAUUAUUGAGGUGGUCUCUAUAGGUCUAGCUUCUGGAGCUCUGACAUCCUACUUCUACCGACUCCUACAAGCCAACAGCUUGAUGAGCGACAUCAGAGAGAACUUCUCCCUCUUCCAUAACUUCCAAUACCUUGCUAUGUGGGACGAUAUUUAUACCACCAUGGUCGGUCUGCUACUCUUCAUAGCUACAAUCAAGUUUAUACGACUCUUGAGGUUCAAUAAGAACAUGCUUCUCCUCACUGAUACACUCACUGUGUUCGGAUAUGAAUUGGCUCUCUUCAUGAUCAUGUUUUUUGUUGUCUACCUGGGCUUCAGCUCCUUUGCCUUCCUUGUCUUCUACAAGCUUCGGGAUUAUUCCUCUUUCCUCAGAACCUUGGAGUCUCUCUUUGGCACUUUGCUUGGCAAGUUUGACUUUGUUGCUAUGUUAGAAAUUGAUCGGUAUCUAGGACCUCUCUUCUUCUUCCUCUACGUUGUGAUUGUCAUGUGGGUCAUGAUCAACAUGUUACUGGCCAUUGUCAACGAAUCGUUCGCGCUCGUCAAGGCCGCCAACCUGAACAAGAAGAAUGAGUUGGAGAUUGUUGACUUCAUGAUAGAUCGCUUUAAGAAGUUCACCGGCAUCAACAAGAAGCGUACGGAAGACCGCAAAGCCAAGAAGCAGGAAUACAUUGAAGGCAAGGAGCAGAUUGAGGUUGAAUGCGAUGAUCUCAAGUUCAAGCUUGAUGACAUGGUUGGUAAACUCAAUGACUUCAUCAAAGUUGAGAAGAGAAGCGACAGAGAAUUAUUCAGCAAGGAGAUUGAAGAAGAUGAUAAACCCAGAGUUAUCUAUCUGGGUUAAACAAUCACUCCCCAAAAAAUUCAAAUCUAUUUAUUCCAUCUUUUCAAACAUUCAGGAUAGACAAUUAAAACCUGUUUAUUCCAUUUUCAUACAUUUAUAUAAUAUACUUUAAAUGGUGAUGCAUUCUUCAGAUAUAUCUAACCUAAGCCUUGUUUCACAAAACCUGUCAUCAAUUAUUGUAUAUGCGGUAAUUGUUGCGAUAGUUUGAUUAUCUUGCAUUUUCUGCUUCAAUACUUGAAUGGAAACAUCGCAAAAGUCGCAAAAUAUACACCUCUUAAAAACCCCUAAAAAACAGUCCCCAACCGUGUAAAUAUCAAAUAUCCAUACACAAAAUGUAUGGCAUAUACAGCACAAAAUUCAUAAUAGUGUAGUAAUCUACUAAAAUACUACCACUUGAUUGGCUAAUCUGUCAUGGAUUUGUAGUAUUUUUAAUUGUUUUAUGAAACAUGGCCUUUGAUGAAUACAAUAGUCUAUUGUAAGAUCCUAUUGAUUUAUUACAAUAUUCUAACCUGAAAAUUUAUAUUGCACUAAAGACAUGGAUGUGAAGAUUUGAAUUAAAAUAUUUGAUAACAUUUGUUUGGAGUUACGGAUAUCAAAAGGAUUUGGUGUUUUCAUUACCAAUAUGGAAUCACCUUUUAGGUCAUGGAAACUGCGUUAUUGUAAUUCCUUAAGUCAAGUGUUUAUUGUUCAAUUAAUGUAAGAUGAUUUUGACUAUUCAUCUUUACUGGUGUAAUAAAUUAUGAAUAAUAUUCUGGUUAGUAGAACUUCCUAUAAUUUUUUGAUUAUCAAACAGUUAUGUCAAUUGGAUAUCUGGUUGAAAGUUUAGGAGAUGGUCAAAUGUUUAACUUCAAAGUAUAUUAUGAACCUCUUAUUCAUCUAAAGUGCAAAUCAUAUUUUCACAAAAUUGUAAGUUUACUUUUCAGAACCUUUUAUCCUAUUGUGUAUAUUAACCACUUUAGAAAUAUUCCAAGAAAACACUAUUUGUUUUUAAAUGUGAGCCAAAUAUUUAUUUUGUCAUUUAGCAAUUUUUUUAAGUCAAACUUCCAUAGGAAAUUUUGUCUUGAAAUAUUUUCAUGACGAUAUCACAUUUUGUGAUUGAUUAUGUGUCCAAAUGCUUAAUGCAUCAAAGAAAUUUAAUAAAUUACCCUGAAUUACCCCCAUA